UAGUGUUCGGAAAUACAGUUUCCUGAUUGUUCUCCAGAAGAAGUCUGUACAUGCACGGUAAAAUAAAGAUAAAAAAACUGUUGUGAACCAGCUGAGGAGCAGAUUCUUCGACACUGGGGCUUUUUUCCGUCCACAAAUGGGCCGAAAAAAUUGGAACUGAGUAAAGCGCGGGGGCCCGCGCUAUAAUAUACCCAAGAGUUGGCUUCACGCCUUCACCAUCAAUUCAAAAAUUAAUCGGCGGAAGGCAACGGACUUACGGGACAAAAAUAUAAUGGAAGUUGAAAAUAACGAAACAUUUGUACAAAUUUCCGGCAAGAAAUUUAGCUUUGCGUUUCAUGGAUUUUCACCGUUAUAUGGCAACGACAGCUAUUGUCGUAUCUUCAAACUCAAUGUUUAAUUUCGUGAACAAAUUGCACCUCAAAAUUCGUGGAGUUGCUGUUUAGAACUUGUAAAAACAAUGAACUUGUGCCGCUUCGUGUUGAUAUUAUUUUCUACACUCUUGACAGACCUUAUAGGGGUCCGUCCGCAUCUCGAAACCGGUAAUAUUGCAAAGGAAAUUGGACAAGACCUUAACAAAGAUUUCGACGACUCGACCCGUUAUACGGAUUUGACUAAAGCAUUGACUAAAACAAACGUCGAACAGGAGAAGCGAAACACGUCAGUCAUAACAACGGACAUUAAGCAAUUGAUCGAACGUUUCAAUAAACGAUUGUCCAUUGCAAAAGAAAUUGCCAAAUUUGCGGAGGACGUCUACGCCAAUCAUAAAGAAGACAACGAUCUCAAAAAUAAAAAAUUUGAUUACCCUAACGCCAAAGACAUUGAUGAUUCCAACCUAACAACUGUGGAAGGUUUCAAGACUGUCCGUGUCCUAACGAAUAAUAGCACAGUUCAAACGCCCUUAGAUGUCUACCAAUACACUAACCCCAUUUUGAAUUCUAUCAAAUGGACGGGGAAAUUGGACGAGAAAUUUCGUUCGUAUUUAAAUUCGAGCGACAUAAGAUCGUGGCAAUUCAUUGGCCUAUCAGACGGUGUCUUGCGCAUUUUUCCAGGGAUCAAAUGGCCAGGAGGCGAAAAUGCAAAAACUAGCUUGCUGUAUUACGAUGUUCGUCAAAGAUCCUGGUACAUCGAAGGAUCAUCUCCGCCAAAGGACAUGGUCAUCCUCCUUGAUAUGAGUGGCAGCGUUACCGGAAACCGUUUGUUGAUAAUCAAGUCUGCCGUCAUGAAACUCCUCGAUACUUUGCAAGAAAAUGAUUUUGUCAACAUCAUAUACUUCAACAAGGGAGCGUCUUACCUUAUUGAAAAAAAAUGCUGGAAUGAAGGCUUGGUGCAAGCAACAGAAAGAAAUAAAAAGAUGCUAAAGAAUGCAAUUGAAACACUUUCUGCGAAAGAUAUUGCUGAGGUCAAAAAAGGUUUCAGACUAGCUUUCGAAGCACUGCAGAAAGCGCGAAACUCCAACAAGAACAAAACGUCGAAUUGCUCUCAAAUAAUUGCGUUCUUUACUGAUGGAGUGGAAGGAGACACCGUAGCUGAAGAUGUUUUCGAUAAAAACAACAGAGAAAAAAAAAUUCGAGUGUUCACUUAUUUGGUAGGUCGUGAUAAAGGGAGCCCUUCAAAGGCCGUACGUUGGAUUGCAUGUAAAAACAAAGGAUUUUUUUACCGCAUUGAAACAUUAAGUGAUGUUCGUCAAACUAUUGUGAAGUAUGUCUCAGUUCUGAGCCGUUCAAGAAAUCACAAGCCAGCGUGGACACCUGUAUAUGUAGAUGCCUUGGGUCUCGGAUUGUUAACUUCCGUUGUAGUUCCCAUUUUUGAUAACACAACUAAGAAACAUCUUGGUGUUAUCGGAUCGGACUUCACCUUGGAAGAAAUUUUGUCGUUCUUUCCAGAACAUCACUUGGGAGCUGGUGGAUAUGCGUUCUCCAUUACAAACAAUGGCUUGGUUUUCUUUCAUCCAUUUUUGAAGAAAGAAGAAGGCCAAGUUUUAAAACAACCUCCCGAUGUUUUCCUACGCGAAUUAUUGCAUCAUUUCAAGGAUGAAAGUAAAACAGAGCAGAUAACCAUGGAAAUGAUCCUAGGGCAAACCAGGGAUCUUAAUGUACACGAGUUUAAAGAAUUUCGUGUACUCGCCAAGUAUAAUCAGUUUCGAGUUGUGAAAAGAAAUCUUUCUUACUCUUAUCGUCGUUUGGAAAAUACACCUUUUAGCGUUGGCAUUGCACUUACUGAUUAUGGAUCCAACGUCAUCAAGUACUCAAAUAAUGCUUCCAAUGUCAAAUUUGACACACUUGAAAACAAUGGCAUCAAGGUUUCUGUUCCCCAAAAAUGGUUCAACUGCACUGAGGUUUCCUUCGAAUACAAAAAUUCGAGCGAAUUGAAGCAAUGUUUGAAAGACAUCCCUGAAGCAAAACUUGCCCAUCUAGUUCACCACGAUGUUGUUCAUCUGAAUGGAUGGAAACCAAGAAAAUCAAGCAUCUCUACAUUUUUUGGCUCAAUCUCGGGUGUAACCUACUCCAAUACGAUGGAAACAUUCGACGGUUCUUCGAUUAAACAAGAGUAUUUCGAACGAGCUGCCGAUACGUGGAUGAGCCCGCGAUUAAUAUUUUCUUAUCGGAAAAAUGAAGUGACUAUAAGCAAAGCUGUUGUUGGCAAAGCUUCGGACAAUGAAAAGGUGCUUUGGGGAGUGGCUGGAAUGAAAGUAACUUCGUCUUCAUUGGAUAAUUUGGUAAACAAAAGGUGUGAAGAAGCCGACGGGGAUUAUCAGUGUUAUUUGCUUGACGAGAAUGGUUUUGUUGUGGCUUCAAGUAACAACGAGACGGCAGAUGACUGCAAGGGCCAAAUUAAAGGAGAAAUCAUGAAUGAUUUGAUAAAUUUUCAUGUUUAUGAAAAAUACAAUUUUACUGAUGUUCAAGCGUUAUGUACUAAAAGCGAAAGCACACCAAGCGGUUCUGUUCGACUUUUAGAUCCUCUUUUUUCAUUGGUGAACUACGCUAAAUGGUGGAUUCAAACAGUUGCGCUGAGCAUGAUACAGUACAGUCUUUAUUCGAUUUUCACUUAUCAAAACCAAGUGAAAGCUGUAAACAACCAAGAAAGAACAUCCUGUUUCAAAAACAUACCUUUGUACUAUCGUGAUGCUGCACAGGAAAUUAAAGGCGAUGGGAUUGGUGGCAAUGGCCGUGUCAGAAACUACACUUGGAGCUCUGUUGGCAACACCAACUUACUGUUACUCAUCGUUAAUGGAAGUAAAAUUUGUCUUGGAAGUAAAGCUGCGAGCAACAUAAAUAAUUACGCCAUGUCUUGUGAAGAUUUAGAUUCCUUUCGCGUGGCUGGCGAGAACUUUGGCCGAUGCACACCAGAAGAAAAUGAAUCAACCGUUUGCAGUUCUGGCAGGUUUACAAUGCCCUCUGUUCCUUUGUUGGUUUCUUCACAAGUUGUGUUGUUGAUAAUGUACAUUGGCAAAUGUUUCCGUUGAUAUUGGUGGGUAGCACACUCAUAUGUCGGCAAAAGUAACUAAGAUGUAUCUAUGAGUAUGGUUUGUAAGUAAAAUUAUGUUGCAAAUAGCAUUUAUCCUAGUUUUUAUUUAUUUGAUUGCAUUGUUUCAACUUAUGUAAAUAUUUGUUAAUUUGAUUUCAUGAGAUGAUACGUAAAUAUACAUGCCCAAUUUAAGUAGGACUAAAGUUAAGGUGGGCAAGAUUUCACAGUAGCAGCUAUUUAUCCCAGUGUGUAACUGGAGGGAGUUUAUGGUGGUGAAGAAAGGUGAUGGUCUUCCUGAGUCGUCGUUACUUCACUCACACUAUACCGUGGAGGGGAAGUGAGAAAAAUCAUCAAAGAAAGACAAUAUAAAUCUUCAACAUUUCAACUGAAAUUAAUGUAACAAUUAAGUAUCGUUAGGUGAAAUACCAUAAUACUCAUUGGUAAUAAACUUUAAAGUAUAUUUUUAAGAAUGACAUUUUUUACUUCAUGGAUAACAUAUAUGCAUAAAGAAAUUGCUUUUCCUACCUGGCCAAAUUACGUCAUUUUGUGUUACAGCGUCUUUCUCAUGUAGAAUGUCUGUGGAAUGGAGACUGGGUAGAGCUUCCUGAGUUUAGCACCCCUAAAAUGACGUAUUUAAAAAAAUGGCCUUGUCAUUCUUAAAAGUAUAAACACUUCAAUCAUAUAUAUCGACGACUUGUAAUUAGUAGAUUGUACUAUUUUGUAGAUCGAACCGCAUAUUAAACGUGUAUUAAUUAUUAGUAUAA